UCAUUCAAAAUUCCUUUACUGAUGGAGUGGCAAAUCCCUGUGACGCAGAGAGCAUUAAGAAUUACAUUGUGAAGAAUGAAGGGGCGUUGUCAGGUUAUCCUGGAUCAUGCUACCUUCUGGCGCAGAAGUUUGAGUUCAACUGGACGGUCCUUGGAAACAUGGACAAGAUUCAAAAAGGAGACAUGAUUGGGAGGAAAUCUGGCACAGACACAUUCAUACCUCACACGGACAAACGUGCUCACAUCUCACGCGUGCAUAUGGAGCUCGACGUUCCACCAGUAAAUGGUCUUUUGAGGCAUAAGCGCGUCUUCCGUGUUUCAAUGCCUUACGGUCAAGCGGACCAGUCAGGCCGUGAAGAAGGGCUGAUGUAUAUGCACUUGUGUAACACUACAGAGGUCUUCAAGACGAUACUGAAAAACAUUGCUGGUAACGACAAGCAUUCUAAACUAGGUGACGUAACCGUUGAUAGCUUGAUCAGCGCAGUCCGGCCAGUACAGGGAACCUUCUAUUACGUACCAAGCGCAGAAGAAUUGAAGUUAUCUACUCUCGCGGAAAGAAGGUUUGAAAUCAUAGAUUUUUGGAAGAUAAGAAGCCCAUCAAACGACUACCUGUUUUACAAUCAGAAGGAAUACCUCCACCGUAUGACAACUGGAGGAUACCUUCCAGGAGACCCUCCAAGUAACCGAGUCCUUGGCCUGUUAGACUAUGGCUUUCAGCAAUGGAACGAUGAAUGGUUCAAACGCCGAGAGAUGCCUAAAAUUCCGCACCUCUUCACGAUGUUAAAACCUAGAAGAUUGAGCAAGGUGAAAGAUGCUUCAGUUAUGAUACGGAAAGGAUGGGCAUUGAAAGUGUCAGUGGGACGUCUGUUUACCACAAACAAAGUGAACAAGCUGCGUGGUACAAAGGAGCCAUUCUUUGGUUGCAAAGCCGACUUCUUUAACCUUCAUCCAGACGAGAUCAUAGUGGGAAGGAUGCCCAAAUGUUUCUCCCUUGGGCUUGGUAAGGCGGUGAUGCCCUACCUUCAUGAAAACGAAGUGAUUCCAGCUUUCUACAAGGGUCUGAGUGAAGCAGCUGGAAUGGGCCAUGUGGUUCCUGACUAUGAAAGACUUGUAGAGAAAGGCCUGGGGAAAAUGAUAGAGGAAUUGAAGGCCGACAAAGGAGAAACAGCGGAGGAGUAAGAUUUUAUAGCUUCCUGCAUCCUGGCUUUGGAAGGGAUGCAAAAGUACAUGAAAAACUUUGGAUUUUUAGCUGGUUACCUUGCAGACAACAGUGGCUUUGCGAUAUCUGAGGCCCAGAAGCAAAACUUGAAGCAGAUAGAGGCAAGAAUGAAAAAGAUGUCAACCGACCGUCCAGAGACGUUUGUCGAAGCCGUUCAACUCUUAUUCUCAUAUCACUGCUGUUUGCACCUCACUGGGGAACCAACAUCUAUCGGGCGUCUGGAUCAGAUCCUACUACCGUUCCUGCAAGGAACAUCAGCUGAAGACGCCCAGGAAAUCAUUGACUGCCUGUUUGUCAAGCUCUGUGAACACGCCCAUGUCAACUCACGUCUGUUAAAUGAUUUGGGUACUUGGGGUAUGACAGCAGUUCCGUACGCCUCCACAGGGAUGUUUGCAAACGGUGAUACCAUUAAUCAAUGGGUUCAGCAGGUCACUGUAGGCGGGUACAAAGCAAAUGACGCAGCAGAGCCAGAAUGUGGCUGCAAUGAGAUCACAAUCAUGUGUCUGAAAGCCUCGCGCAGGCUUCCACUUAAUGCCCCGUGUUUGUCCUUGCGAGUACAUAAAAAUACGCCGCAGAAGGUUCUCGAGGAAGCUGCCAAAGCCAUACUCAGUGGCGGGGCCCAUCCACUUUUGCCCCACGAUGAUCACCUAAUACAGGGCCUUCGAGAAGCUGGAGACGCCACACACGUGCCAGUGAGCCUAAAAAGCGCACGAAAUUACUGUUGCGACGGUUGCUACGAGCCAAUAUUUCCUGGAGAAACAGACUUCUCCUUGGCUUAUGUGCCACUGUUACAAGUACUUGAAAUGACAAUGAACCACGGGUCUACGUACUCGCUCGCUGGGCCCAUGUAUCUGGAGGGUGUACCACAAUCUCUGCCCACAGAACAUGCGGAGGAGAUAAAGAGCUUUGAUAAGGUCAAGGAGAUCUUUGCUAAGCACCUCAAUGUGCGAACAGGGUACACCCUUUUCCUUCUGCUUCUCAACUACGACAACAUCGUGCAGUACUCUCCCAGUCCUCUGUUAUCUUCCCUUAUCCAAGGUUGCGUGGAAACAAAGCGGGACAUUUAUAACGGUGGUGCAAAUCACACACUUAUUGGUGUCCAGUUCAUCUCUUUUUCCAACACUGUUGACGCUCUGUACGCCAUCAAAAGGCUUUGCUUUGAUCACGACUCAGCUCUGAUUUCCUUGGCUGAGUUAGUUCGAUGCCUCAAGUGUGACUGGGGGUACAACAUGCAAGAACCCUUCCAUGACGAGAUUGCUGGAGCCACCCGAGGUCAGCGGUUGUCCGAUACGUACAAGGCAGUACGCGAAACAGCGCUUAACUUGCCCAAAUUUGGAACCAGUGCCGGCGCGGAAAACAAAGACAUCCAAGAAAUCACGAGUUGGCUGGCGGAACAAGUUUCAACAGUUGUUAAUAAAGUGUCUCGCCCCAGUCCGGAAGCUCAUCAACCCCUAGUCGAGUUGAUUGACGGCCUUAAGAAAAAGUACUCAGUGCCCGGGGCACCAUGGGAUGUAUUGCUGCCUACAGGAUCAGGGACAUUUGAAGGAUACGUUGGCUGGGGAGCGGGUUGUGGAGCUUCCGCUGACGGUCGGCGUUCGGGCUCACCCAUAGCCUCAGAUUUGAGUGCUGCUCCCACACCACUGGAUAAGCCACCGAUACUGAAGAACUUUGAUAUUUACAAAUCCCUGAAAAGCUGGGAUAUGCACUCGAUCAACGUUGGCUUCGCAAACGGUGCAGAGAUCGAUUUGAAGAUCAUGGAAGACUUUAAAGAGAGCGAAUUGGUUGAGUUCUUAAGGAGUUAUGCCGACCUGAAAGGUGUUGGAGGAAAUAUUUUGACUGUAACUUGUGCCAAUCCUGAAACAUUCGCCAACGCCCAACGCAGCCCAGAACAGUACGAUCUCAUCCGCGUACGCACAGGGGGUUGGAGCGAGUUUUUCAUUACUUUCUUCACCGCGCAUCAGAAACAUCAAGAGAGGAGAAUGUAUUACCAUACUACAUGAAGUACUGAAUUCCUAAAGUCAAAGCCGUGUUGUGGCUUAGUCGUCCGCAAAGCCUUUCUUUUUUCCGAAUUAGCGCGAAACUGGUUUAUCAACACUCUUUUUCAACGCGCAAAUUUUAAGCACAAGUACAUUAGUCUAAAAGGGGCUUGAAUGCCGCCCAAAAUAGGAACUAAGUCGAACAAAUGCUUUGCCUAGAUCGUGUAUUUGUAUUCAAACUGCAGGUUUAAACAGGUAUUACCAUUUUUUUCGGAGAAUCGACUAUGCUCUGAUAGAUUGUACACUGUCCCCGUAUUUCCAAAGAUUGUACUUAGUAAACAAAAUGGUCGGAAUUUGGCGAUCUUCAACCAGCACUUUCAUUUUACUCGUCGAAGACUGCAGUUCGGGCAGUCGAAAGCUCGUAGUUUUUAAUCAUUUUAACCAGAGAUCGUUUUUAAAUUUCAACUACGUUCCAUUCUGGCUGCGGCCCUUCAAUAUUUUCACCAAGGUGCUUUUGCAUUUAUCCGAAAGUACUUGCUUUUCGUGUGACUUAAUUUGAGCGUAGAGAACAGUCUUGACAUUGUUAUCAGUAGAACAUAGGAUAUAGCUGUAUUUUCUUUAAUCUUUGUAUGUCGAGUACUGAAAAUGACCGCGCAACCAAUUGGACGUGAAAAACACUUGAGUGAAUAAAUGGCAAAGUAAUAAUUUCA